AUGCAAAUCCUUGGCCUAGCGAACGGAACCAUCAAUGGAAAUUCGGAGAUUCUUCUCAAGGCCGCCUUAAAAGCUGCGGAGAAGGCCGACCCCUCCAUUACAACAUCAUGGAUCCAUGUCCCUUCCGUCUCUGUACCCAGAAACCCUAAACCUCUGGAAGGUGCACAAGACGUCAGUAUGGGAACCAUUGGCCAGACCGGAGUCGGCGGUGACACCGUCCCGGAUGACCGCAGCGAUGUCCUCAAUGCAAUCCUAGCAGCCGAUGCUCUAAUCUUCGCAACCCCAAUCUACAGCCACCAACCAGCAGGAACUCUUAAAACUCUGGUCGAUCGAAUUCUGGGUCCAUUUACCGAUGCCGCAUUUGUCCAGCGAGUACUCGAUUCUCAAAAAGCUGGCGAAAAGACCUACCAGCAUAUCAAGGUUGAUAAGCGGAUUACCAAGCCCAGAGUAGCUGCCUUCAUCGCUGUAGGUGGCUCGCCCUUUAACGAGCAAGUUACAAUGGCACUGCCUACUUUGCACCAAUUUGUCUAUUCUCUUCAUGCAAAGGUAGUCGACCAGCAAGUCUUCCGAGGCUACGGCCGUCCUGGUUCAGUUUUAUUGCGCGGUGAAGCGAUCAAAAGAGCGGCAAAGAUGGGCGAGAAUGUGGCAAGUCAAAUUGGGAAAACUUUCGACGAAGCGGACUAUCUUGGUCCGAAAGAUCCUGCAAGCUGUCCGUACUGCCAUAUGACCAAAGUGGAGAUCGAUUAUACUCAGGAGAAUGAUGUUGGUUGUAUUACGUGUGGAGCCCGGGGAAAGCUUGUUGUUGGAGAGAAUGGACGGAUCCAGCCUGUUUGGGAGACUGAUUCUACAUCAAGUUGUAUUACUUUCAAGGGCAAGCUUAAGCAUCUUGAUGAUCUUCGUGAUGCGGCGAUGGAGGAGGGGCCGGCGAUGGAGGUUCAGUCGAUUAAGGAGGAGCGAGAAUGGUGGGCUCGGGUUGAUAUCGCCAAGGUUCCAUUGACAAGCCAGUCUGACAGGAUUCAGUCUCACAUUUGA